GUAUCAUAAAAGACUUGUAGUCAUUACAUAAUUGGUGGCCAUAUGCUGGUUAUUGUGGUAGGUUGGUGAGGAGUGGUGGCAAGCGACUGCAGUCUACUGUCAGUGCUCACGCGCAACUCGAGUGUAGUGAAUUCGUAUUGGAUUAUUUCAAUCCGGACUGAUUUUACGACGAUGAAGCUUCUUUGGUGCUGCCUGGCGGCACUGAUGACCACAGCUUUGGCAGGUGUCGACGUCGAGAAGACGGUCAAACAAGUCCAGACCAUCCUCCAAGCAAACUCUCAAUUACCACGACUGAGCAGAGACGAGAUUAUUCAACUCCUAAACGAUAUUCGAGCUGAAGACGCCAAAAGCAAAUCUAGUUCCACUGAACAUUCUAAAGAGACCACGACACCGUACAACAUAAGAGAUAACGAAAUCAACCCAACUUCUGAUCUACAAGACAAUAUUGUUGCAGAUGAAAAGGAGUAUGCCGUUUCUGUAACAGCACCUACCACGCAAACGCUAGAAACGUCAACUAAGAGUGAACCAUCAGUAAUGGUUGUAUUGCCUUAUACUCCUCGAGAUGGUGCUUCCUUACAAGAACUCUACACUCGACCUCCUAGAGUUGAAGUUGUCCCUGAAUCUAAAGUGAACCCUAAACCUUACAAAUCGCAUAAAAUACAAGAUACUCUAAGAAACAAUGCUAAACUUGCUAACCAGAAAAAGGUGGACUUCCCCGCGGAACUGCAAGCGUUCCUUGAUUCACAUGGACUAAAAGGCAAGCCUGGACAAGAUUCAUUUCUCCUUCCCCUCGAUGGAUUCAAACCUUUACCACCAGCCAAAGUUGUGGAUGGAACCGUACAGUUACCGGAAAAUAUCCUCUUGACUUACGACUUGAUCUCGCCCAGCGAUUUAAAAGAUGGUUCUGACAGUGAAGGUGCUCAUUCUAUAGCUCCAACAAACUUCUUGUAUGAGCCUCUUCGCCCUGAAAUACCAUUUGAACUAGAAACUUCUUCAUCUGAAAAACACAAGUUGGUUCUGCCAUUAGACAUGCCUAAGAGUCGAAAAACUAAAUCAACUCCACCGCCAACUUACGCGCCUAUUGAUUACGAUGCCAUCAAAGUGAUUCCGUUGAAUCAAGGGCCAAGUCCUGUUGAAGACGAGCGAGCUGUUUUAGAAAGUGAACAGAAUAAGAGACAAGCCGCAGCCGCUGUUGCUAAUGUAGGAGCAGAAGUGUCUACAUCUGUGGAAACUAAAGAGGAGACUACGACAGCAUCUAAUGAGGCUAAAGAUGCCAUAACUAAUGCUCCUCCAGGAAACGAUUCAGCCGCCGCAGAUACUGACUCGGGGGCUUCCAUAUCAGAUCUAGAAGAUUCAUUCGGAGGCGCAGCACCAGAAAUGCCGGGGGAUUCAGAACUCCCACCUCCAAAGAAAAAUGGUUUUUACUGGAUGUUAGAUUGGAACAGUUUUCUAGAAGUUGGUGAUGGAGACACGAAAGUGAACAUUCGUUUUGAACCCAAGCUCGGGGAUCCUCAGAUGUUCUUGCCUGUCAGUGUACCGUGAAGGGAUAGUUGAAGUGUGUCGCUUCAAUAUUGUUCUAGUCUUGUAUUUUUUUUUUAUUUAAUCAGCCGAUGGCACACUCUGGCGUGUCAUUGGGAAUAUUGGUUAAGUUGUCGUUUUGCAGUGGAACUAAGUCAUGGGUUAACUAAUUUGCGAAUGUGGCAUGUAGACAAAGAACAACAUUCCAUUGAAAUUGUUGUACCAAUUAAAGACAGUCUGCAAUUAGUAGCAACUGGUGCAAGUAACUCUAGUUUCCUAAUUAAGCGUGGAACUAUUACGACAUAGUUGUUAAAACUAACGACGUAAAAGAUUGUUUUGUAUUCGAGGAAGUCAACAGGGAAACGUUUCAAAAUAAGUACCCCGAAACAGGUUAACAUUAUAGUGAAUGUGCAUAAUAUAAACAGCCUAUAUACGUCCCACUGCUGGGUAUCCUCACAAUUAACUGGAGGGGACAUGGAGCAUACUCCUCCACAAACAGAACAAGCAGAAAUAUGAAGGAAUUGGACUUAAAAUUGCAAAAGUCAACGUCAUUUCUAAUAAUUGUAAUAUUUAUUAUUUUUUAAAACGAAGCUGCAAUCGGUAACUUGAAAUUAAUUGAUAACAAAAUUUUCAUGUUUGAUAAAAGGAAAAAGUACUUAUUACCUUUUCAUCUUAUAUUGAUUAAUUGUUACAAACCAGCCAAAUAGAAUAGGAACUAAGGUUGAAAUGAUCGUUAAUAAGUUGUAAACUGAAAAUAAAUCUAAACUAAUGAUCACAUGGCACAUCUUCCGUUGGCUACAGCGUGUCUGUUACUCCACCCUGUUGACAUUUCAAAAACUUGAAAAUUCUCCAUACACGAUUUUGUUUAUUCAACGAAAUGCAAAAUAUAAGUAAGUAAGUAGGUAGUGUAAAUAAUAGCUGAUAGGUUGCUCAAACUAAAACUUAAAUAGAUUUUUUAAUGAUUCAAAAGCCAUUUGCUAAUAAUGAAACGUCAUAUACGUGUUUAGAAACGUCGUAAGUACAUUGAAAUGGAUGAGUGGAUAGAUGUGCUGGCAAUACCUACUGGCAAAUAGUGUUGCGGAACAAUCGAUAAUAUCACUAUCGACCGAUAGUUAUAAUAUCGACAGUUGACCUCGAAAACUAUUCACGAUAUCGAUAAUACCUACUAUCGAUAAUAUAGCCACGUGUCGAUACUGUCAAUAUUUCUAUAUAAUAAAAUUAUCGAUAUUUUUUGUCAUAUUUUAUGUCGCUCAAUAAUUUCGACACGUAGCAAUAAAUACUAUCGAUAGUCUAUCGAAAAUCACUAGAGGCAUUCGUGCUCGUCAGACCAAAGCAUCGAAAGCGAAUUGCAUGUCAAGUUACAUUGGUAAC